AUGGGAUAUGUGACGCCAUACAGUGCCCUCCCUAUCCCUCACAAGUGUGACGCUCUGCAGUACAACACCCGAGUGCCUUCCAAAUGCAGCACUGAGACACAGGCUACCCUGGCUGAGACUAGCUGUAAAUACGACAGCCACACAAGAGCAAGUAGCUGCUACACCUCCAAGCCCUCAGCAGAGAGUUCCAUUAUGGUCCAGGGUCUGUUUAUCUAUGGAGUUCUGGCUGUGUUGCUGGCCCCAGUGUGGUGCGAGCUGAUUUCAGUGUGUGUUGAGGAUGAUGAGGACCUGAGGGUCGACUGUCAUAUCGAGCCCAAACCCAGCCAGAUAAAUAGCUAUGAGUUCUCUUGGUCCUCUGGAGCCAAAGAGACCCUCAUAAACAGCAACAUAUCAGGGUCAGUGCCAAAUCCACAAUUCAAAGACCGCAGCUACGUACAGGAGCUGGAACCGCAUGGCUACCGCAUGACCCUCACUGACUUCACGCACAAACUCCCUUACAACAUGACCUUCAUGUGCAAAAUGUCAAGGAAAGUGGCUUCUGUCACCUUAGAGAGAGAUCAUCUUCUUCCAUGUUCAGCUGUCAGUGUUUUUCUGAGAAGCCCCUACUCCUGGAUUGCUAAUGUGCUUCUCUUCCUCUUGCAUACAAAUGGCUGGGACAUAGCCUUACACUGACCCCCCCCCCACACACACACACACACAAGGGCAAACAAACCUGUCCUUUCAUCCCUUCACAUCCACUGACAUCACCAUUGUAGUGAUAUCUUGACAAUGUGCAUUGCCUUUACAUCUAGUUCCCUUUCUCUGACCCUGGCCCUCACCCACCCCAACCACGAGGACACUGAAAGAUGGGAAGAAUAAUGUUACAAGGUUGUAUCUGAAAACAAAUAGUAAAUUACAGUAUACUGGGACAAUUUCUAAUGUUUUAGUUAGUCUGAAUAUGCCUUUGUGUGCGUGCGUGUGUGUGUGUGCGCGUGCGCGUUUGUGUGUGUGUGUGUGUGUGUGUGUGUGUGUGUGAGAGAGAGAGAGAGAGAGAGAGAGAGAGAGAGAGAGAGAGAGAGAGAGAGAGAGAGAGAGAGAGAGAGAAUCUGUGUUCUGUCCAUUCAACUUGGUGUAUGAAAUUUAGGCACACAAUGGCAAGUAUUUGAAAACUGAACUAUCAUUUAAUAAAAAUGUGACGCAGAUAAUAGUUUAUGCACAGUAUAUAAUAUGUUAUGAAUAAACAGGUACAUCCAAAACUUCUGGGAUAGGCUCCAGCAUCCCCGCAACCCUGAGAGCAGGAUAAGCGGCUCGGAUAAUGGAUGGAUGGAUCCAAA